GAUCUCUCUCUACCCUUUCUCUCGGCGGUGGGUCGGAGCCGCUGUCCCUGGCCUCGCAUGUUCCCCUCUAAAAUUCCUGUUUUGAAUUUGAUGCCCCUCUUGUAGAUUUGAUCCCUUUACACGCCUCUGUAAGGCCACAGUCGGGCGUUCAUUUACCGGUGUUUUAUUUGUCCCAGCAUCGGUGUUUAGAGACCCCAGAACAUGGCCGUGGUGAGCGGAUCGUCUGGGCCGGUUGCCCGGCUUGAGGGCCGUGAAUUCGAAUACAUGAUGAAAAAGCGCUCGGUGACCAUCGGCCGGAACUCGUCUCAGGGCUCCGUGGACGUGAGUAUGGGCCACUCCAGCUUCAUCUCCCGGAGGCAUCUGGAGAUAUUCACCGCCAGCGACGACGGCACCGGCAGCGGGGAUUUCUACCUGAGGUGUCUCGGUAAAAACGGGGUGUUUGUAGACGGAGUGUUCCUCAGACGGGGCGCCCCUCCUCUGCAGCUACCACGGAUGUGCACGUUCAGGUUCCCCAGCACAAACAUCAAGAUCACAUUCACAGCCCUGUCCAGCGGCAAGAAGGCAAAGCGUGAAGCUCCAGAGUCCCCAGUGAAACCAGUCCAGCCCCAGAUCUCCCCUCUGACCAUCAACAUUCCAGACAACAUCGCUCACCUAAUGAGCCCCCUGCCAUCGCCCACUGGCACCAUUAGUGCUGCUAACUCGUGCCCCUCCAGCCCGCGGGGCGCCGGCUCGUCCGGCUACAGGAUGGGAGGACGCAUGGUCAGCUCUGCAGAGCUGCAGCUUAUAAACGACAACUCCCAGCCUGAGAACGACAAAGACGCCUCUGGAGGGGACAGUCCCAAGGACGACUCCAAACCUCCGUACUCCUAUGCACAGCUGAUCGUCCAGGCCAUAACACUGGCUCAGGACAAGCAGCUCACACUAAACGGAAUCUACAAUCACAUCACAAAGAACUACCCGUACUACAGGACUGCAGACAAGGGUUGGCAGAACUCGAUCCGUCACAACCUGUCGUUGAACCGUUAUUUCAUCAAAGUGGCGCGGUCGCAGGAGGAGCCAGGCAAGGGCUCCUUCUGGAGGAUAGACCCGUCCUCGGAGGGCAAGCUCAUCGAGCAGGCCUUCAGGAAACGAAGGCCCCGGGGCGUCCCCUGCUUUAGGACCCCACACGGACCGCUCUCCUCCAGGAGUGCCCCGGCGUCUCCCAAUCACUCGGGCGUUCUCUCCGCUCACUCCAGCGGCGUCCAGACCCCCGACAGCCUGUCACGAGAGGGCUCCCCAGUUCCCCUGGAGCUGGAGACCUCCUCAGCCACUGCCCCGGCCACCACCACGGUGGUGCAGCCCAAACUGGCAGUCAUCCAGGAAGCACGCUUUGCACAAAAUACACCAGGCUCGCCUGUUAACAACCAGCCGGUACUCAUAGCAGUCCAGCGCCAGUUACCUCAGACCAUCAAGCCAGUGACCUACACCAUGGCCUCUCCCGUGAGCACCAGCACCUCCCAGCCCGCCGUGCAGACGGUCCACGUCCUGCAGCAGAUCCCCGCCGGCUCGCUCAGCUCCGCCGCUGUCAUCGCCCAGCCAGCCACCAUCCUCAAGAGCGAGCCGCAGGAGAACGGAGAGCACACGGGGGUCAAAGGUGAGGCAGCAGGACGAGGGAAGGAAACAGUGUUGUACAACACCAUAAAGGUCAAAGUGGAGACGGUCCCCACCAUCACCUCUAUAGGUGCCUCCAGUCGCAUCAUCCAGAGCUCCCAGUCCGGCGCCCCCCUGCAGACUGUUACCAUAGUGCAGCAGGCCCCCAUGGGUCAGCACCAGCUGCCUAUCAAGGCCAUCACACAGAACGGCACCCACAGCAUCACCACUGCCAUCCACGGCCCCGCCAGCUCUGCUGUGGCGAGCCCGCUCCACCUGCUGGCGGCCCACGCCUCGGCCUCGGCCUCCCUGCCCACCAAACGACAGAACGGGGACCAGCUGGCCAGCGAACAGCCGGACGCCAAGCGCAUAAAAUCAGAAGACGAGGAGGCCUCGAGCCACCAGGCCAACGCGGCAGACUCGGACUCGUCGGCAGCUAACGACCCGGGCCUCAACUAGUCUGUGCAACAUCACACCACACCACCUUCUCCUCCCCCCACGGCCUCUCUCUCUCUCUCUCUCUGUCUCUCUCUGUCUCUCUCUGUCUCUCUCUCUCUCUCUCUGUCUCUCUCUGUCUCUCUCUGUCUCUCUCUGUCUCUCUCUCUCUCUCUCUCUCUCUCUCUCUCUCUCUCUCUCUUAUUUGUCCCCCGUCGUUUCUUUCGUUUCUCCUCCUUCUAUCACUGACUCCCGAGGUGCCAAACGGAGAAGAUUCUUUUCAUUUUCAGUUUGGGUUUAUCUGUUCUAGAGCAUCACAAGUAGAAAAAAAACAGAAAAAGAGAAAAUACUGUCCACCCCUUUAAAAGACUGGAAUGUGGGUUGAGAACAAACAAGAAGAAACGGGACAAAGCUGAACUGAAAGGUGUCCCCUGUGAGCCACUGCAACAGGAGAGUGACUAAACCAAGACCACAGGAAGCCUUAACAACAAUUAACCCUUAAGAGCUGACCUUUGACCUCACGUGGUCCAGCGGGGGGGGGGUGGGAGGAGGGCCUGACUCCGCUCGGGCUGGACGCCACCUUUCUGUCGUAUCUACCUCAGAGCAGAUCGGAGACGCCGGCAGCCAGCAGAAUAAAUCCUCCCCGGGACCGGACCUGUCGGGACGGCUCUGGACGGACGAAGCAACCAACGAGUACGACAAGCAUUCAACGGUUUAAAAAAAACAGAAAAAAAAACGACGAAAAAAAACGGUCAAAGCAUUCAGAAAGGGAUCAACUCGGAGCCAAUAUUCCUGAAACUCUGGCAGCUAGCCUCUCACAAUACUGACCUUCCUUUAUCGCAGCUGUACGUAGAUAUGCAGUAUUUUGUUGUUCAAAUGUGGAGCAUAGCAUUUUUUUUAUGUAUUUUCACUUAUCUAGAUAAGUAAUAAUUUAAUUAAUAAAGGAAGCGUGCAAAAAUAAUGAGGUCGAAGACGUUUCGGUAACUAAGUUAGAAAUCUCACUUCUCUUUUUUUUUUUAUGUGGACUUCCUUUUUUCUGUUCGGUGAAACAGUGUAAUAGUUUUCGUAAUGUUUGUUUUUUUUCCCCCCUCUCGUUCUGACAUAUCCAUAUGAAAUUUGCUUAGUUAUACCUACAUAUUUUAAUACUUGCACAGAUAACCGAUAUAAGCAUAUGAAAUCUCCAUGUGUAGUUCCAGAUGUUGACCUUUGCAUGUAUCCGACAACAGAAGAGUUGUAAACUGUAAAUUGAACAGAGGAAAAAAGACCUGCUUUGUCCAAACCAGACCUGCACUUGAUUAAAUGUUUGUGUUUUCAUUUCCCUCCUCCUUUUCUUCUUCUUGUUCUUUUCCUCCUCCUCCUCCUCCUCAUCCCUCCCGGCUGUGUUGACGUUGUGGUGUUGGCAGACCUCCUCCUCCUCCUUUGCUUGAUUAUUUUACUCUGUUCUGGCGACCUGGCGAGUCUGUUUUCUGAUUGUACACGUUCCAAACAAUAGUAAAAGAAAAAAAAAUUGAUGUUUGUUCUGCUUCAGUGGAGAAAUGCUUUUUUUAAAAUAAAUUAAUUUAAAGCCC